UGUUUGUGCCACAUGCACAAAGACCCAAGAUGAUACAGAUGUAAAUGGCAGAGCCUGAAGCUUCGCCUGGUUCCAAUGCCGUCCUGCUUGUAUUGGUCGACAGGAUCCUCCGACUGACUCAACAUGACCAGGUGGUGGUGUCAUUGACUAGAACGGACCUGGACCAGCUGCAGCAUCGAGCCACAGAGGCCUCUGAGACGUUGUCCCUUUGCACUGAUGGCAGUGUGGCAGCUCAAAGGCCAGCAGAGGCCGCGAUCCCUGCUCUUUGUGGUCUGGCGGUCGAGUGCAUCAACGUUGUGGAGCGGGCGGAACUCUCCACGGUCCUCGCACGGCUGGUCACGGCAGGCUGCGAGGUCCUGGCUGCCCUUCUUCUACCUUGGGCAGAGGCAGACGGCGAGGCUUGUAGCUUUGACUGGGUCAGAGAAACCCUGGAGGACUUGAGCGAUCAGAUUGACUUUCUUGCGCUGGAGGUGUACUGUGGCCUUGGCCGCUUGGAGAGCAAGUUCCUCGAGUCAGAUGAGCUACCGGUGGUCCUGGACCCUGUCGAGGAUGACUUUGGAGCUUAUUGGGGAUCUAUCGAGCACCGGCAGGCAUUGCAAGAGCUGUCAGCCUGGCUGCUCUGCGUGAUUUUCAGAGCGCUGGGCUAUUCCUCAGUGACAGGCCGCGCCUUGAUGGAGUUCGUGAAUCAUGACCUUCUGUGUCUCUGCUCUCUCAUGCGAGGUCUGCUCGCGGCGCGCUUCGACGAUAGCUCUCUGCCCCAUGACACGGUUGCCAUUCAAGGUGUGGCGCUUGCCGUGCUGUGUGGCCUGACAGCACCGGAGCUUGCCUUCCCGUGCUCAGACGGCAGCGAGGGCGACAUCCAUGAGCAGAACAGGGCCUUGAACUUCUACAUGGAAGUGCUGGCAGCUGCAAUGGUGGAGACUGGAAUCAUGGAGUCCGCCGUGGAUUCUGCUCUAUCUCGCUGUUGCCGCCUCCCAAAAGAAGGCGCAGCCACUGGUGCGAGACUUCUUCAGAUGCUGGCGGCGCUGCUGGUCCAGGUUACCCCUGACGAGGAGAAGUCCCCUGUGGCAAAACUACGACGGGAUGUGUUUCGCAUUGCGGACAAGCUGGGACGUUUGCUCGAGGCCGUGUCACUGCAGGGCUUCGACAGCCCAGCAAACCUCCGGGAUAUUGUGGGUAGCUGUGCUUGCUUGGCAGCGGUCCUUGUUGAGCAGAGCGGUUUGCCAGAAGGCUGUUCAGAUGAUCACUUCACGCUCAGCUGCCGAUUGCUGGUGACCACCUGCAGUGAUGCGCUUGACCUGGGCUGUUCCGAGGCAGGCGACAGGGCUGGCGUGGUUGCGGCUUUGGGUGCUUUGGCCAGCAAUGUUGGUGAUUUGGAAUAUGUUACUCCGCGCUUGGUCGAACAUAUUGGCAGAUUGCCCCCAGAGGAUGUCGCGCGCGCACGAGUGCGGCUCACACGUCAUGAUCGCCAUCGCUUAGUGAUGACCUCAGCUGGCGAAAACUUGCCUCGCCUGCUUGUUACUUGCAGCAUGAUUUUGAAAAAGGAGAAAAACAGAUGAACCAUUGGCUGCCAGUACCACCCUUCGGUUGCCAGGCUGGCUUUGUUUGGCACUACCCCGGUGCCGGCACCGCCCAAGAUGGAUGCGGUGCCUGCUCCACCCUCCAAGCCAGGCCUUCGUGACAUUGUACAGAACGCACCGAAGGACUUGCGCUGCGCGAUUGACCAGAAGCUCCUUUGCGACCCCGUGGUGUCUCCAGGUGGCGUCGUUUUUGAGCGUACCAACCUGGCCCGGUGGUUGCAGAAGAACGGCACCUGCCCUGUAACUGGAAAUCCGCUGAGCCUGGACGACUGCAUACGGUCUCCCGAACUGCGAAGGAAGGUUACCGACUGGGUUCGGGGUGAGGCACGGAGGGAUGGCAAACGAAAGAAGU